UGGCCCUGAUAAUGAGGGGCGUCGCAAUUAAUUUAGUCAAAUAGUCUUACCCGAAACUAACCCCAGAAGCCCACGAGGCCUUCAGGCUAAACAUGGCUGCCUGUAGAUGUACAGAAACUCGGAAACGUCUCAUCGCGAAGAAUUAUAUAAACUGCGACUCGCAGCACCAUGAAAAGGAAAAAGGAAAAUCACUAAUCAAAUCGAAUUCGUAACCAUGUUGUCGUCUUUCGUCGUCGCGGCCAUUGCUCUAAUUCCGGGGGUGUUCACCGCGCCCUCGGGCUUCCUCCCCCAGCUAGGAGACCUCUUGCACGGUAAAGAUAGCAAUGCAAUCCAAGCCCGGCAGGGUGGCUACUUUUGGUCUUCUUGGUCUGAAGGUGGUGGUACUUUUCGCUGCCAAAAUGGUGCCGGUAGUUCGUACAGCGUGAACUGGCAGAGCAGCGGAGGCUCAAGCGGUUUCGUUUGCGGAAAGGGAUGGAGCCCAGGUGGAAGCAGGGCGGUUAAGUACACGGGUACAUACGAUACUAAGGGCCCAGGCUAUCUGUCUGUAUACGGCUGGACAAGAAACCCUCUCAUCGAGUACUACAUUGUUGACGCCCACGGAGAUCUACUCCCUAACGAGCCAUGGACUUCUAAGGGCAACUUCACUUUCGAGGAAGGAACAUACGAAGUAUUCACGAGCACUCGUGUAAACAAGCCUUCCAUCAUUGGCACGACAACCUUUCAGCAGUACUGGUCCGUCCGCAGCGAACAGAGGGUUGGCGGAACAAUUACCACUGGAAAACACUUCGAUGAAUGGUCUAAGCUUGGUCUUAAGCUGGGAGGUCAUGAUUACAUGAUUCUCGCUACAGAGGGAUAUACCAGCGGAUCAGCUACAAGUAAUGGGACGUCCUCUAUCACUUUAAGUUAAGAUGAGCCGCUUCGAACCUGAUUAAAACGGGCAUGUUACCCGGUCAUGUGUGCCG